AUGAAGCUUCUCGCGGGUCUUCUCUACGGAGCUCUGCUCCUCACUGAUGUUUCUGCCAAGAAGUUGACGGCCAGUCAAGUUGAGGGUGACAUCAAGGAGCAAAAGCUUCGAAAGACGCUCGAGGACCUCAACAAGAUCGGCACCAAGAACGGCGGCAACAGAGCUUUCGGUCUUCCCGGCUACAAGGCUUCUCUUGACUACAUCCUCGACCAAGUCCAGGGCAAGUACGGAAAGUACCUCGAUACUUUUGUCCAGCCCUUCAACCACACCUUUGAGCAGACGCGAGAUAUCUGGGUGCGGGGACCUGAUGGCGAGGAUGUCUAUGUCAUCACCUUGAUGUACAACACUGCUACUCCUACCCCCGAUGGAGUGACGGCGCCUCUUGUCCUCGUUCCUAUUGAUGAUGAGCGUGGUUCUGGAUGCUUUGAGGACCAGUGGGAGGGAAUUGAUGCCACCAACAAGCUCGCACUCGUGAAGCGUGGCACCUGUGCUAUUUCCGACAAGCUCAAGCUGGCAAAGAAGGCCGGUGCCCGUGGUGUCAUUCUCGUCAACCAGCUCCCAGGCGAGAACAUCAGCAGUGCUACUCUCAGCGCCGAGAACCUCGGUCUGAUUGUCCCCGUCGGUGUCAUCCCUCUGGAGAUCGGCACUGCCUGGCGUGAGCGCAUCGAGGGUGGUGAAACGUUGGAGGUUACUCUUCUGGUGGACUCUAUUGCUGAGUCUCGAGAGUCGUGGAACAUCAUCUCUGAGACUAAGCAGGGUGACCCCAACAACGUUGUCAUGCUGGGUGCUCAUCUCGACAGCGUGCAAGCUGGCCCAGGUAUCAACGACGAUGGUAGCGGAACUGCUGCUGUCCUUGAGAUUGCCAAGUCCUUCACCAAGUACAAGGGCUACAAGAACAAGGUCCGAUUUGCUUGGUGGGGUGCCGAAGAGAGCGGUCUCGUCGGAUCUCUCUACUAUGGACAGCAGCUUUCUGAGGCCGAUGCCGACAAGAUCCGAUUCUACUUCAACUACGACAUGAUUGGUUCUCCUAAGCCCAAGUACUGGGUUCAGUCCACCACCGAUGCCGACCGGAUUGGUGGAGAUAUCCUGGCCAACUGGCUGCGCAAGAAGGGCAAGAAGCCAGAGUGGGAGGAGUUUGACACCUCUUCUGAUUACGUUGCCUUUAUCGAGCUCGGCAUCCCAUCCUCCGGCCUCUUCACCGGCGCCGACGCAGAGACCGACCCCUGCUACCACCUCGCGUGUGACACCAUCAAGAACAUCCACUGGGGUGCCCUCACUCUCAACGCCAAGACUGCCGGCAGGGCUGCUGCUCACUUCGCCCUCAGCCUGGACGGCGUCCCCCCUCGAUCCAAGACCAGCACCAACCCCACCAGCAAGAGAGCCGUUGCUGCCAAGUUUGCCAAGUGGGAGGAGAAGAAGAGAAACGCAGGAAAGUCUCAUAGCUGCGCGCACAAGGAAAAGAUUGUUGUUUAA